AUGACAGAUGAGGACGUGAUCAGGCGAAGGCUUUUAAUCGAUGGUGAUGGCACCGGUGAUGACAGGAGGUUAAACGUUCUUCAAAAAUUAAUUAUAAAAUGGUGUACGUCAGAGGAAUCUCCAGAAGAAAAUCAAUUAUCUCUUGAUAGAAUGUUGGCACAAUUAGCUUGUUGCGAACACACGUUUCGUAAAUCUCAAAACGUUGCACAAAUGAACGCUAUAGAAUUACAAAAUUAUCAAAAUUUAUCGCAAAAAAUUAAAAACGAUAUACAGGAAGAGAAGAAAAUUAUUGAAAAAACAAAAGCGGCUUUGGUUGAAGCCAAAGUCGUUAGAAAAAAUAAAAUGGAAUGUGAUUUGUUGGGUAAUGCAAUCAAUGAAGAACCAGAUAGAAAAGAAACUGGUAAAAAAUUAGAACAAUUGAAGAAUGAAUUGAAAAAUUUAAAAGACUGUAAAGCAAUGAUAGAAAAAAAAAUAUUGAAAAGAAGACAACAAUUUCAUGCAUUGACUGUGACAAUUCAACAAUUAAGGGGAACAAUAGAAGAAGAUGAUGAUAAUGAUUUAAAUAUGGAAACAAAUGAUGAUGAACCAAUGGAUGAAGACAACGCUAUAUCGAUAAAUUAA